CACUUCCAAGACAGCUUACCACGGUUACCAAUUCCAAAACUAGAAGAUACGUGCAACAGGUAUUUGGAUGCCCAAAAACCACUUUUAACUCCUGAACAAUAUGAAGAGACUAAACGCCUUGUUGAGAAGUUUCAGAAACAUGAAGGUCCAGGUACAGUAUAAUAUUAUUAAUAUAGAAUAUUAUACUGAUCAAUUUAUACAGCUCCCAAAGAAACACUUUAAUAGCUGUUUAUCUGAAGUGUAUAUAUGACAGACUGAGUGUUUGUAGUAGGGCAUGACCUGGGAAAAAUACAAUAAAGCCAUCUAUCAUGGAUCAAUUCUUAUUCAUGGCAUGCAAAAAAAAGGAACUCAAAAACAAACAAACAAAACAAAAACAAAACAAAACAAGUUGUGACUGAAAUGUCUAGUAACUGUACAUGUGACGCGUAAGCAGGCUUUUUGUUAGUCGAGUACAAAAGGCAUUGCAAGAGGGAAAGAUAAAUUAUUAAAUUAUUUUAUGGGUUUAUACUAGUCUGAGAAAUUAGCCAACAUUUUGCGACAUUACCAUUAAAGUUUCCCAGGGAAAUGAUGUCUGGAGAACGAGCACAGAAAUACUGUAGAGAGGAGAAAUGUGACGUCACAUUACCAUGGUAGCAAUUUUUUUGGAUCACAAGAAAAUGGGGCUUAGGCAACAAUGACGGUGAUGGCAAUGAGAAAAGCAAAAAAGGCAAUGAGUUUAUAUUAGUAAAACAACAGCUUUACACGUUGAUCAUGCUUUUUUGCACAUUUUUUUAAUAGCGAUCAUUGCUCGACUGCGACAUGAAACUUCCUAACUCAGAUACAGUCCUUUCGCAUUCAAUCCACAAAAUUUCGCCAAAAUUUGACAAAUAAAAUGAAAUUGAAUAAGAUCGAUGAAGUUUAAAACAUUGUGAAUUUGCUUUUUAAGUGAAUUUUCGGUUCGUUGUCAUCCAAAAAUUUUGCUACCAUGGCAACAUGACGUAAUGACUUCUCCUCUCUAUUACAUACUGAUUUACAUAUCCAUACCCAGAUCUAAGUAGUGCCUCUGAUUGUUUGUGCUGCAUGAGAAAUUGUAAUUGCAUUGACCAAUCAGAAGCACUUUUUUACCCUGAUCUGGGAAGUGUGAUGUCAUUAGUGUGGAAUUUCUGCACUGUUUAUCAAGUCAUUUUGCAAGAAAACCAGUGGUGAUGCCUUCAAAUGUUGGCUUCUUUCUCAUGCUUACGUAUAUAUUUCUCUGCCAAAAGUAUACCUGCAAGUGUUACAUGUAUAAUGGAAUGAUAACUGCACUCAAACUUUGAAUACGUGAUCAAUCCUUCUAUAAUUUGAAUCACUGAUGAUAGAAUUUUGUCAGUCUCAAAUUCACUUUAAGACAGAAAGUUUAUGAAACGGGUUAACUGAUGUGUUUAGAUGGAUUAUCCAACUGUGGUGUGAUAGUGGCCAUAGAUCCCCUGAUAGAUAACAGGUAUGACGUUGAUUUUGCAUUUUUCUUCACAGGUCUAAAUGCUGAACUUUUACAGAAAAACAAGAGAAACAAACAUACUAGUUACAUAUCAGGUAUUCUUGUCAAAAAACCCUUUUUAUCGUGGAGAAUACCAGUGCUGUACAGUAAUGUAAUCAAUUUCUUUUUACAGGUCCCUGGUAUGACAUGUAUUUAUCAUACAGAGACUCCAUAGUCCUCAACCAUAAUCCUUUUAUGAUGUUUAAAGAUGAUCCAGUAGCAGAAAAUAAUGACCAGGUACAGUGUACUGUAACAUGUCUUGACAGUGAAUGGACAGGUUGCUAUGUACAUAAUAAAGGGUCUUGUUUUUGGGACUCCUAAGGGGUCAAUAUGUGUCUGAGACCUACGCCAUUGUUCAAAGGCCAAUAUAAUCACUAAGUUUUAACUUAGAACCAAGUGUUAAAACCUAAUCUAAAUUCUUCUUUCUUAUUAUACUGUAAUUAUCUUUCCUUGGGUUCUUGUAAGAUGUCAAUUGGCCUUGGGGUGUGAAUGUGUUAAUUAAUGAGCUCUGUUGCUGUUUAAAGUUUAAGUGACUCUGUAACUUUAUUAUGGGUGACCUGCUUAAUCAAGUCUAAACCUUUUAGCUGUACCUUUAAACUGGUAAAUAUGCACUUUUACUCAUUUAAUGAACAGGAUGUCAAGUGAUGUCACUGAUAUUUAGGAAUAAUUUAUUUGCUUGAUUUGUUUUCACUCAGUUACAAAAUUUCGUUUAGUAUCAUUUUUUUAUUUUCUGACAUUUUCAAAAGUUCUAAUGAUUUGUGUAAAAUAUACGUAUUUCUAAGCAGCUAUGGCAACUGAAUAUUUUCUAAGUGCAAGUGAGUUGCAUUGAAUUUGCAUAUCUAUAUAAUAUCCAUUUUGCUCUUUUUUACCAUUUGUUUCUUAUGCAACCAAAGCAAAACUGAAGCUGCAUGUACGUGUCUUUGGUCACUGUACACAUUUCACUCUAAAAAAAAAUAAAUGAAUAACAAAAAUAAAAUUAAAAAAUUAAAAAAAAAUUUUUUGCCCUCUAUCAUCAUUUGUGUAAUUUUGUUUUUAUUCUUGUUCUGCCUGUAUUGUAAUGCUAUUAGUUUAACUGUUACAUAAUGAAAUGUAAAAAUGGCGAAACAAAAACAUCGGAAAAUUGGAGAAACUUAUUGAUGGCAUUUCUAUUAAUGUACUGGUGUUUUCACAGGUGGUCAGAGCCACUAACAUAAUAACAUCUGCCAUGAGAUUCAAGCUGUCACUUGAUGAAACACUCCUUGAACCAGAUGUAUUUCAUUUAAAACCACAAACAAGUGACACACAAUGGUUUAAAANUCAGUUACAAAAUUUCGUUUAGUAUCAUUUUUUUAUUUUCUGACAUUUUCAAAAGUUCUAAUGAUUUGUGUAAAAUAUACGUAUUUCUAAGCAGCUAUGGCAACUGAAUAUUUUCUAAGUGCAAGUGAGUUGCAUUGAAUUUGCAUAUCUAUAUAAUAUCCAUUUUGCUCUUUUUUACCAUUUGUUUCUUAUGCAACCAAAGCAAAACUGAAGCUGCAUGUACGUGUCUUUGGUCACUGUACACAUUUCACUCUAAAAAAAAAUAAAUGAAUAACAAAAAUAAAAUUAAAAAAUUAAAAAAAAAUUUUUUGCCCUCUAUCAUCAUUUGUGUAAUUUUGUUUUUAUUCUUGUUCUGCCUGUAUUGUAAUGCUAUUAGUUUAACUGUUACAUAAUGAAAUGUAAAAAUGGCGAAACAAAAACAUCGGAAAAUUGGAGAAACUUAUUGAUGGCAUUUCUAUUAAUGUACUGGUGUUUUCACAGGUGGUCAGAGCCACUAACAUAAUAACAUCUGCCAUGAGAUUCAAGCUGUCACUUGAUGAAACACUCCUUGAACCAGAUGUAUUUCAUUUAAAACCACAAACAAGUGACACACAAUGGUUUAAAAAUGUUAUCAGGUAGGUACAAAAUACAUAGUAACAAUUAGAUACUUAGAUAGAUAGUUAGAUAGUUUAUUAAAAAUAAAUACAUGGGCAGCCAUGCGUAUUUACUGUAAAUACUUGGGCAGAGCAUAAAAGAAAACAAGGGCACCCAACGUCAAUUUUCGGAAAAUAUCUCUUCGGAAGACGUUUUGAGAUCUGGAAUUUUAGGAACAUUUGUUGUAAACUUUCUCGCUUGCCUGCCUCUUCUGGGAUUUUCGAACGUCCAAAAAAUGGUAUAAUUGCACCUUUUAAACGGAUUUUUACCCUAAAAAGGUCACCUAGAAUUUCGCGAGCCUUUUUUAAGGUGAAAUUUUCGAAAAGGUAAGUUUUGAUCCCUAUAAUUUUCGGAUCACUAGGCUUUCAGCUAGAAAAUCCGAACAGAUGAAGAAUUUUUAGGGGAUAAAAAAAAGGCCUAUAUCUACCGUUUAAAUACUAAAAUACGUUUAACAAUGCUAUGUUUAAGUGGUUUUGAACUAUAUUCUCGUUGGGUGCCCCUGAGAAAACAGGCGCUGCAUAAAAUAGGAUUGAUCUUAUACAUAUGGUAUAAAAGAGGACUAAGUCCCUACAUGGAAGCUUUGCCUGUUUAAGCUGAACUAGGAAAUACAAACGUUUAGAUGCCUUCUUUACAGUAAUAUUCGUUAAUGUGCUCUUUCCACGCUUGUAAUUAUCACACCCAGCGGCUUUGCGCUUCUAAUUGCUUCAAGUUGGUUACCAUCAUUUACAAGAAUAGGAUGGAACUCAGACUGCUUUUUAGUGAAGGAGAUUCUAAGUUCUUUACACUUUUCGCUGUUCAGUUGAACCUUAUUAUCUAAGGACCACUAGGAUACACAGUCUGCUAUAUGUUGUGCAUUACACUGUAAAGGGAUGAAAAAGGUGACGUUUCAAGUGCAUUUUUGUAGAGUUAGGAUAAAUUUCAGCUUUUCAAUUUGAAUCCAUUUACGGUGGUUAACACCUGAGGGGUGAGAUGAAAUCGCUUGCCCUUUGGCAAAGCUGCUGCUAAAGCCUGCUAGCCCAGAGAAGUUGUGCAGACCUACCAAUCCACUUUUUCUCCUUCAUGUAUUUUGUUACUUGACUUUCGGACAAUGAUUUGUAAUUUAACUAGUAUGCUAGCACCGUGGGUUGUUCCACUAGCCUCAAGUAAUCAGACAGCACUUUUGUCAUGCCCUGACCUACAACCCUGGUCAAAAUAACUUGGAACACUUCCGAUUUUGUGGCAUGCGCAGUACAGUCUCCUCGCCCACAUGCAGUGGUGUUAAAAAGCGCAGUUUGGGAAAGCUUGAGCGAUUUUCAGGGGAAAUCGACUAAGUGUUCCAACUAUUCUGUUCGGGGUUGUAGGUUGCAAAUGGUACUACCGACCCAAACCCAGGUCAGUAGAAAAAACAUGCCCAGCCAUGAGCCCCGCCCACCAAACCCAGCCCCAACCCUAGCACCCGGCCCCUCACGCUGGGUUUAGAGGUUCGGUAGGGGUUCAGUAACUUGGUAAAAAGUAAAAACUAAUCUACGGUGUGGAAGGGAAGGAGGAAGGGGAAGAAAAACUCUAAAAAGGCAGUAAAAAAAAAAAACAAAAACAAAUGUUUUUUACAGGGUCACUUAGAACAAUAUUGUUUGGACAUCGGUCUUGUUGGUUGAUAAGACAUUUUUUUUUUCGCAGAAUUUUCUAAAAGUUUAGUUCCCAGCUAAGGGAAACAUUUUUGUUCUUGACAACCGACCUGCUUGUUGUGGAGCCCACUUCGAAGCAACAAUAGCAAUAUUUCAAGUUCAGUUGCUUUGUUCAUGACACUAAUAACCAGUUUAUGGCACAUGCAGGUUUGUUCCCCGGAAGCUUUCAUGGUAUGGCGCGUUUUUAGUGAAGGCUUUUCCUUUAGAUAUGAGUCAAUACGCAAGGUUGUUUUGUUCAACCCGCAUACCUGAGGUGAAAAAAGACAGGCUAGCCACGUUUGAGAAUGCUCGACACAUGGUGGUCAUGAGGAAAGGAAACUUUUAUGUUUUCGAUACCAUUACAACUGAUGGU